CGAAUCCCGAUGAACAUUGAAAACAACGAGGCAGAGCGCCGUUCCCGUAAUGUUCUGGACAAACGGCUUUCCCGGCGGCGGUAUUUAAACCCCCGGACAAAUUGGUCGGUUUUACAGGUAGAGCCAAAACUGUCGGCAAUCGCCAUGAAUGCGACUUGCCACCGACUCGGAAGGCGGAAUUAUCUUUCACAUUCGUUUUCUCUCUCGUCUUCUUCCUUUCAUCUCUAUAAAUAAAUUCCCUUGACCGCACUGGCUUAAGCAGCCACUAUUCCUUCUUGUUUCAGAAGUGCCUUUCUGUUUUCACAGGCCAUGGCAUGGAAGAAAGAUGGCUUAGAAGUUCACUACAGGGGAGUGAGGAAGAGGCCCUGGGGUCGAUUCGCAGCAGAGAUCAGAGAUCCGGCAAAAAAACAGAGAGUUUGGCUCGGAACUUUCCGCACUGCAGAGGAAGCCGCCACGGCUUACGAUACUGCUGCUCUUUUCUUCAGAGGAUUAAAGGCGAAAACUAAUUUCGCUUACACUUCUUCCGCGGAAAUUGGCAGCACCAGCCGAAAUAGUACCCUAGAUAUGCUCUCCAAAGCGCCUGGUAAUAGACAGCUUUUCUUUCUUGAUGGCGGCAAACAAGAUCUUGUUUCUUCCGUCAUUAGACAGAAAUUUUGUAAGAGCGAGGGAGCCCGAGCUCGAGCCCCGACGCUAGGCGUUCCAAAAGAUUGCGAUUCCUCGUCAGUUGUCGUAGAUGCGGAAAUUGAUGGAAAGGCUCCUCGGAAGCGGACUUUGCCGCUCUUUGAUCUCAAUCUUUCUCCGCCUCUCAACGAUGAAGAGUGCAGCUAACUUUCUCAGAUCUGCUCAUAACAUGCAUUUUCCGUGAUUUUUGUAUGAUAAGGUACCUGAUGCGGAAAUUUUGUGUUGCAGAAUUCCGUUAAAGGUUACUAGUAAACAAAUGAUUGUAUAGACAAAAUGCUUUACAAUGUCAGAGGAACAAUUUUUUUUUUCUUUAAAUUGUAGCUGUCCAGAGAAUAAACGAAAAUUUAAAUUCUCUUUUCUUGCUA